AUGGCAGCAUCUUGGUCACCCAUCUUGAGAGUGAGCAGAUCGAAGGCUGCAACCUCUUCCUUUUUCGCCUCGCCCGCCAGGCAGCCGCACCUAAACGCCGCCACGGUGUACACGGUCGCGCAUGCAAAUGGUGUGUCUCCUCGCACUCUCACCUCAGCUUCGUCUUUCGGCGCCCUUCCCUGCUCUUCUCGUAACUUUGCUAGCUGGUCCCUGUUUGGUCCAAAAAAGGCAGAAGUGACAGAAGAAAAGACAACGGGUGGACCAGGCCUUGCGGCCUCCCCGGCCAGCGCCGAUGGCUCUUCCUCGUUUCCCUCAGAUCCGUCAGCCUCUGCUUCCCCGGCGCCGCCUAUAGAGAGCACGCCUCCGCGAGGUUCGCUGUCUCCUUUUUUCUUCAAAAAAGAGAAAACCCCUGAAGCUGAGAAGGCGCCAAUCGAGAACGCUGAGAAGCACGCCACCGAAAACGCCGAGAAAACGGCCGUACGGAGUCAAGAGAAAACGUGUGGAGAAGCCAAACGCAACAAGCGGUCCUUCUUUGGGCGCUGCAAGACAGUCGAGAGCGGAGCCUGCGACGUCUCCUCUGUCUGUACACCCCCGAAGAAGGUGAAAGUUCCCCUUUUCUCCCGCCUCCGCAGUUUCAUGUCGGGAUUUCUCAUCGCGAGCGGAUGCGCAUUCUAUGUGAUCUACUACCAGCUCGACGAGGCGACGGUGCACUUGCAUGUCCUCGCGAAAGACGCCGCCUACCGCAUGGCUUCUGUUGAGAAGAAACUGCAUGCGCUGGAAAGAAAAAUCGAACACAGAGAGCUCGGCAAGGCGGACGCGACGCGAUGA